ACGAAGUAUCAAACAUGACCAGACCUCCUAAGCGAGAAAAGCUCCACAACUCUCUGUCUCAUCCUCCAGAACAACUUUGCUUCGAAGGGGAAAGCUUGGAUCAUCUCCUCAAAGCUAUUGAUAGAGAGUUAGAGUGUGCAAGAAACUUGGACAGAGCUUUGCCAGAUAAAGUCUGGUUUAAGCAAGUGUUUUCAAUCGGGGUGAAUGAAGUGACACGACUGCUUGAACGCAUGCCUCCUGUAAACGACUGCUGCUCUCUUGUUGCCCACAAUGAUUUAGUCAAAGUUCCCCCAGUCCAACUUCAGGCGAUACUAGUAGCAGCUGAUUGCAAUCCACAGUGGUUGACCAAGCAUCUACCCAAUUUGGCUGCUUCACGGAGGGUACCUCUUUUCUUUGUGAAAGAUAAGAAAAGAGCUUCUUUGAGGUUAGGGGAAGUGGUCAAACUAAAAACUGCAAUUGCUGUUGGAGUGAAGGCUAGAGGAAACACCAUUAAUCACUUCAUCAGCAGUCACCUCCUUCAAAGCUCUGAAUAGCAUGCACAUUUGACCUUUUUGCUGAUGACCACACCAAGUAUCAUUUCACUCUUCAAGAUAGAGUUGGCAAGUGCAUGUUUAAUUGUUUAUCUUUACAUUUAUGUUCAAGAACUCGGUAAAAGCUUAUUUGCUAAAGGAAUGCAAUGAGUCUCCUCUUCUUUUUAAA